AUGAGUUUAUCUAUAUCAACCGAUUCCGAGGACCUUGAAUAUCUUAACGUAGUGUGGAAGGAUGAAUAUGAUGAGCACGUGUCACCAGAUGACGGAAAGCGACAGCUGCACAUCUUUAGUACGGAACAUAGAGAUGCUGCCGAAUACAUUAAAUCAAGACCCCUCACACGAUCUCGAGCGUCAUCAGCCACACUAGAAAAGUGUUUGGAACGUUACAAAAGUUGUUUAAAUCACGAAAUGUGUAAGAAGGCCCUGAGGAGUAACAAAAGAAACACAGCACCUACACGUCUCCUCGAGAUUCGACCAAAUUCAGAACUGCAUUUAUAUACAGUCCCUCAAGGGGAAAAUCCCCUCUACGCAGCACUGACCUACUGUUGGGGUAAUUCACAGCAACAGCAAAAUGCAAAAACGACAAGCGAAAAUGUUAAGAAUCGGCAUGGCAGAAUAGACAAAUGCCAACUACCGCAAACGAUUAUAGAUGCUGUCAAAAUAGCUCGGACACUAGAGUUGUCUUACCUUUGGGUAGAUGUAUUCUGUAUCUCAAAAAUGAAAAGCAUUUAUAGAGGAGCCACUAUCACCAUCUCAGCAGCUAGCGCUAGGGAUAGCACGGAGGGGUUUCUUAGGGAUCGUGACCUUAAGAAAGCGUAUGGUAAUCUGUUCAAGCUUCCGUAUUACAACAAGCGUGCCGGUCAUGUGGUGAAAGGUUGGUUAUUACUCUCUGAGCACCCCAUCGCAGAUACGUAUGAAGAAAAUAUCGACAAAAGAGCAUGGACAAUGGAGGAAGACAUACUUUCGCUUCGGCUUUUACGAUUCGGUUCAAAGCAGACAACUUGGCGGUGCGCAACUUAUCCUCAAGCUGAAACGAUUGAUGGAGGAGGUUGCCCAACCUUAAAAAAUAAGGACUACGCUUUUUCUGUGAACAGCCCUCACCGAAAUUCCGAAGUGAGGUCAAAUGUUCUGCGUAUUGGUCCAUCGGGUGGCGAGUCAUGCGUAGAGGCAGACUGGUUCCAUGUCAUUAGCGAGUAUACACUUCGGAGCAGUAAAAAACCAAAAGACAGACUCCCUGCUUGUGCAGCGCUUGCUGAAAGUUUUGCGAAUAUAAUGGGCUUCAAGUCAUCCGACUACCUUGCAGGAUUGUGGAAAAACAAUAUCCACUCGCAUCUCUUAUGGUAUCGGCUAGAAGGAAGAAAAGCGGCAUGGAUAUCUGAACCCUCUUGGUCCUGGGCAUGUAUCAGCGGGCCGAUAUAUUUCCUAGGCUUUGAGCUAUCAGAGCCCACCUCCGGUGCCAAUAUCGCAAAGUAUGUUAGCAGCUCUAUGGAAUACAAAUUCAGAAACUACAAGUACGGUGAAGUCGUUUCCGGCUGCCUCAAGCUGAAUGGUCGACUCCGAGAGGUACAUUGGAAUUAUCAAUGUCUUAGGCGAAGUGCUGAUGACCCUGAUGUCCUACCCUUGGAGAUAUAUUGGGAUCUAUCCGAUGGUGAUUCUCUAGAUGGCCCUUCUUGGGAAAAGCCAGUAUAUUGUUUUGAAAUAUUUGGGACAUGCAAUUAUUCACUGGGCCUAUUGCUUGUACGGAAUGACAAGUCAGGUUUCAGGCGUGCUGGCUGUUAUGAAGACACUCGGGAGAGGGGCCCUUCAACUAUGAGUUCUUUGUUUGACGAGACUGAGCCCCAGAAUAUUGAAAUUCACUAG